CAGUGUAAGGCCUUGACACAUGAAAAGUUUGUACAACGCACAACAACGCGUAUGGAAGCAAUCACACAACUCAGUUUUGGGCCAUUUUCAGUGUAUUGCCCGCUUAACAAUGGCGAUGAAUGUUACAGGCGCUUAAGCAGCAUUUGAUGACCCUCGCCGUUUGUCACCUGUCGUCAUUGUAUCGCCGAUGCACAUACAGAUUGGUCAACCUGCGGAAUUCCGAAAGUCGUUUCCGUAGCUGUCUCUCGCUCUGGAAAGAGCCAUCCCGUACAGUCGCAGAGAAAAAGUGACAAAAACGACUCUGGUAAUUGGUCUGCAAUGCGAAUGCGUCGAUCCGGCGCAAGACAACGAUUGAGUGGGAACUGGCCUGAAACCAGGCUACGGCGCUGCAAACUGCACACAUGCAUAGAGAAUCUCGGGCUCCAACGUUCAAUCAGUGCCUUGCCGUGCAGCCUUUCAGGUUCAUCGUGCUGCUGCAGACAUGCCGCUGCAGGUGCUGCUGCUGGCCGUGCUGGGCCUCAUCGUCGUGCUCCUGGUGCGCUCCCUGCUCGGCUACCUGCACUUCAGGAGGCUCGAGCUGGCCAUCCCUGGGCGGCCCUCGCUGCCGCUCCUCGGCAACGCCCUGGAGGCCGCCCGCACGACCCCGGACACCAUCAUGAAGACCAUCCUCUGGCUGGUAGACGGCCGCCGCGAGAUGCGCCGCGCCUCCAUCUUCAACCACUUGAUUGUGUCGCUGCAGGACCCCGUGGAGAUAGAGGAGCUGGUACGCCGCAAGGACUUCAACGACAAGUCCGCCUUCAUUUACGACCUCAUCCAACACGAUUUUGGCGCGAAAGGCCUUAUCCAGCUCAAUGGUGCCGAGUGGAAGGCACACCGCAAGUGGCUCGCACCCGGCUUCAACCAGAACGUCCUCAACAGCUUCGUGAACGUCUUCAGCGAAGAGGCCAAGGGCUUCGUGGACCGCGUGGAAGUUGGAAUGGUCGUCGACGUGCUGGAAAACCUGAGGAAAACUGCAAUGAGAAAUUUCAUCCGCACGUCCGUGGCUGCCGACGGGUUGCACUUUGACGAUGAACUUUUAGAUAGCGUGGAGUUCCUGGAAUUGUUGUGCUGCUCUGUCAACGCGCGCUCCUUUAACCCCCUGCUGUGGUCCUAUUAUAUAUUCGCGUUGACUCCUCUCGGCAAGAAGAUGCACAAGAUGAAGAGCACAUUCGAGUCACUGUGCAGGAGGAUCGUUGCAGCAAAGCGAAUGGAACUGAAAAGUAGAGACCAUUGCGACUUCAAGCAGGCACGCGAGACCCUCAUGGACAUCCUGGUGAGGGGCCCCGAAGAUGGCGCUGGGACGCAAGAGGCGGAGCAGGACAUCAUGGACGAGUUCAAGACCUUCUUGGCCGCCAACGUGGAGACGACAGUUUCCGCGCUGUCUUGGAUGUUGAAGGUGCUGUCUCUGAAGCCUGAAGUUCAGGAGCGAGUGCACGCUGAACUAGUCUCUGUGUUCGGAGACAGUGGCCGACUUGUCGCAGUGGAAGACCUGCCUAAGCUCAAGUACCUCGAUCGAGUCAUCAAAGAGAUCAUGCGUAUGUUUCCACCCGUCCCUUUCACCGGCCGUCAGUGCUACGAGGAGACCAAGCUGUGCGGACACACCAUCCCGGCCGGCUCCACCAUCGGCAUCAACAUCUUUGGCGCGCACCGCGACCCCAAGCACUGGGACAAGCCCGACGAGUUCGACCCGGACCGCUUCCUGCCCGAGAACUGCAAGGACCGCCACCCCUGCGCCUACAUCCCCUUCAGCACGGGCCCCCGGCACUGCAUCGGCGGCAAGUACGCCAUGAUGAACAUGACCACCAUCCUCGCCACCGCGCUGAGGGCCUUCAAGGUGCUGCCCGUGGACGACCACAAGGACCUGCAGAGCCUCGCCGACAACAUGACCUUCGGCGUUUCGUCCCACCUCGUGGGCGGUGUGCGAGUCAAGUUCGAGGCCCGGGAGCCGCGGUUGCGUGAUGUGGCGCAGGCACUAGUGUAAGUCAGAUCAGAGGGGUACCGUCAUGAAACAUACGACCUGAAAAGCUACAAUCAGGAACACAAUCUUGUUAUAUACACACCAAAUAUUUAGGUAGAAUUUUGUACGUGCAACUUGCACGAUUUUGUGCAUAGUACGUGGCAUUUGCAUAAUAUCAUGCGUAAAGAUGCAUGAAUUUAUGCAAAUUCACGCACAGUUAUGCACGACGGUACACCCGACUUCACACUAAAUGUUUCUGAACAAUUUUGUGCGUAGUGCUGCCCGUUUUUGGCCCGUCCAUUU